GCAAAUGAAAGAAAAUGCAGAGGGUUUAUACAGUAUAUAACACACUGGGAGCCAACAGUCCAGAGGGUUUGGAGCAUGCAGAGGAAAACAGCUUUACCAUCAUGAGAAUCAGCGGCUACGUGACAUUUCUGGUGUCCUGCUGGUACUUUAGUUUGAGUCCGCAUUCAGCCCAAGCUGGAGUUUGUAAACCAGGCUACUACUAUAAUCCGAUUUAUUUUUGCAUAGAUAUCAAUGAGUGUGAUUCUUCUCCCUGUGGCCCUCAGGCAGUAUGUAAAAAUACACCAGGAUCAUUCAAAUGCUCCUGCCAUAGCGGAUUCAAGCCAUCCGUUGGGAAUUCUGGAUUUUCUGGUGGAGCAAAGUGUGAAGAUAUCAAUGAGUGUGAUUCUUCUCCCUGUGGCCCUCAGGCAGUAUGUAAAAAUACACCAGGAUCAUUCAAAUGCUCCUGCCAUAGCGGAUUCAAGCCAUCCGUUGGGAAUUCUGGAUUUUCUGGUGGAGCAAAGUGUGAAGAUGUGAAUGAGUGUGAGGAUGAAGGCGUGUGCGGCAGGAACGCAACCUGUUACAACUCCGUUGGGAGUUACCAUUGCAUCUGUCACGCAGGAUUUCACCCAGAGCCAGGAAAGACACAAAACACCUGCAAAGAGCCACCUUUUAACUGUCCCAAUGCUGAAAAACAGGAGAAUUCCAUUCUUGUAGAGUGUGGCCUAAAGCAUUCGGAAACCCUAAAACAGUCAAACACCUCGGAUAAUGGGUCCUGCUCCAUAUUGGAAUCAGCUCGCCGAUUACUUGGCAACGUCUGUCAGAAUUUCAGUGCCGCAAACGACACCCAGGCCAUCACAGAAUUUGUAAAUGACCUUCUCGAUAGGAAGUCACGAUGGGCCAACAUGGAGGUAACUCAACGGCUCAAUGUAGCAGCGGCUAUCAUGGACCUCAUGGAGAAUAUGGCAAUGGCUAUUGCUUUGACUUUGCCCAGUGCAGGAGCAAAGACAAUAUCAGAAGACACUUUUGCUCUCGAGAUCCAGGUGGCCGGUGGGCAAAAUAUGAGCUUGGACGACUUGGUGAGAAUGCAUGUCCGGAAUAACACCAUGGAGAUAUAUUGGAAAUCAAUCAUUGGAGCGAAGCACUCUGAGUUUGCUGCAGUUUCCUUGCUCGUAUUCAACAACAUGGAAUCCAUUUUGAACAGCGAGAUAUAUGGAGAAGGGAAUGAACAAGCCCAUAAAACUGAGAGGACUAUCCAAUUAAACUCCAAGGUGAUAGCAGCCACAAUCAGCAACAAAGCAGCCAGUCAUGAACUGGCGGAGAAGGUCAAUUUUACACUGAAACUCAACCAGGGUAAGAAAGCCAACGAGAAGAUAGAGUGCGUCUACUGGAAAACAACAGCAGUGGAUAGUUUCUGGUCCUCCGAGGGCUGCAUAGUAUUUGGUUCCAAUCAAACCCAUGUAAUGUGCCAAUGCAACCAUCUGACAAACUUUGCUAUUUUAAUGGCACCAAUUGAGAUAGAGGAUGACUUGUCCAUGAUGAUAAUGACCUCUGUCGGUCUUACCAUAUCCCUACUGUGCCUAGUGGCCUCGAUUGUUGUGUUCGUCAAGUGCCGCUCAAUCCAAAAUUCCAACACCACCGUGCACAAGCACCUGAGUGUGAACCUCUUCCUGGCGCAGCUCCUAUUCCUGACAGGAACCCAUGUAAGACACAAGAUAAUUUGUGCCCUGGUUGCAGGAUGUUUACAUUACCUUUUUCUAACUGUCUUUGCCUGGAUGUUCCUGGACGCCUUGCAGCUUUUCAUUGCAUGCAGACAUCUUACAGUCAAAGUGUUUACUCGCACACACGUCAUCAAGCAGAGAUUCCUGUAUCCUUCUGGCUAUGCUGUUUCUGCAUUGAUUGUAAUAAUCUCGGCAGCAAUACAUCCCAGUGGCUAUGGAUCAGAAAAAGUCUGCUGGUUGAAGCUAGAAUCGGGAUUUCGAUGGAGUUUCCAAGGGCCAGUUUGCUUUGUGAUUGUGGUGAACGUGGUGUUGUUUGUCUGGACGCUUUGCUUACUGAGACAUCAUUUGUCCACACGCAAUGUAAAUGUGUCAAAGAUCAAAGACACCAGGACCUUGACCCUUAAGGCAGCUGCGCGGUUAUUUAUCAUGGGAUGCACUUGGAUCUUUGGGAUCUUUAAUGUCAAUGAGAGCACCAGCUUCCUCUCCUACAUAUUCAUUGUCAUCAACACUCUCCAAGGCGUCUUUAUUUUCCUUGUUUACUGUGUUUUCAGUUGCCAGGUGAGGAAUGAGUUUCGGAAAUGGUUCACCAACGCAAAGGCAGGUUCACUCACUGACUUCUCAAAUGUUCCGAUGAAUUCUCAUGAGACUAAUGAAAUAUAGCAAUUCUGAGGACUCAAGAGGCGACGGCAACAUGUGUCUCGGACUGGAUUUUGUUUGCUCAUUUUUCAGGUUUUGCCUGGCUAUCUUCCAUUACUUUGCUCAAUUUGUUGCUUGUGGAAGUGUCACAUUGAGGUCCCAUCUGAGGUCAGUGGAGGGCAUCAGAGUUGAACAUGACCCUGUCUAACACACUAACAUGAAACACAUGCACGUACACACAUACACACAUACACACAUAUACACAAACACACAUACACGCGCAUGCUGUCAUACACACGUAUAUACAUACACCAGGCCCACACACGCAUGCACAUACACACACACACAUACAUACACACACAUAAACGCACACACACACACAAAAACACACACGCAUACAGUCAUACACACAUAUAUACAUAGACCAGGCCCACGUGCACACAGACACAUGUUACAAACGAACCAGGCACAUACACAACCGCCAUACACAUAUGUAUAUACAACAGAUACACUCACCCACUCAUACACAGAGAACGCCACAGAGGCUACUAAAGAUAAUGUUAACAUUCCUACUGCCACCCUGUGCAAUUGGUUAACUCAGCGCUAAUGGCAACCAAAUUUCAGGUCUUCUAGCUUGUUUGUUUUAGCUACAAUGUCCCUUUACAAGCUGAAUGAUUUUGGGGUGCACUGUAGAUUUUGAUCACAGGCUUUGCCUUAUUGGAUUUAUGUAACACAAUGAAUGUAAAAUAAUAUAUCAUUUCAUUAUUGAAGUGUAAGCAUUUAUUAAUAAGAUUUAAUAUCACAACAAAGACUAUGUUUGCAAAGGAAAGUAUUCUUGAAGUUUUCUGGACUGUUUAAGAGUUAAUUAAAAUCUAUAACAAAUUGUAUCUUAGUAGAAUAAAGCUUCUUUUG